AUGGCAACCAUCACCAUGGACCAAACCAACAGUCCAGAAGAAGAGGAGACUCCUCUGACUAGAGUGGACGUGAUUCGCCACAUGGUGGAUUACUACUUCGGGAUUAUUGAUCCCAAGCAGUGGGCCUUUCUGCUGAAAGGAAACCCCGACGACAAGACCAGGUACAUCCUGGCAGAGCUACUCAUGGACAUGAUGGAUCUGAUGCUCAUCACCCAACCAAGGCUCUCAGAGGAGGAGAUGAGAGGACUUAAACCUUGGGAGCGGCUGGCAUCCAGUUUGGGGGAGGCUCUACCCCAAACUCUUCCUCAACUUUUGAUUGUCCCUGAUAAGGUCUUUCGCAAGAUCUUGGACUCUUUGAGGAUCAUCAUAUAUAGAGUAGCGGCAGUAGGGUGUGUCAAGUGCAUGCUCUUAGCCGACAACCACCCGAAGCCAUAUGCACAGUACAGAACUGCAUUCCUCCGAAUGGUGAAGGAAAUGGUCAACUGUACCAUUAAAAUGCUGUGCAAUGACAACAAGAGACUGAUGUGCCAACAUCAGCGUCUCCACCUGAAACUCAGCCUAGUCACUUCCAAACCGAGACUCCCUGAAAACAAGGAACAUGUGGAGUCAAGAACAUCUGGAGUCAACAACAAGUAG